GACUCGGAGUGCAACAAGGGUUUUAGGUUUCGUUUCCCGAGUCGGUUUGCCGAGAGAGCCUUGGGUCGACGGCAGCAGCCAUGGAGAGGGAGAUGAAUGCGGACGCCAGCCCUACCAGCAACGAAGAAUUCCAGCCGUCGGAUCCCCGAUCCGUGGAGGAGGAGGCCGGAGACGGCGCCGCCGAGAAGCGCAAGAGGGAGGAGGAGGAGGAGAAAGGAGAGAGACGAAAGGCGCUGUGGAAGACGAGCCUGUGUUCGUACUACCGGCAGCAACCGGCCGGCGGGAGAUGCAGCCACGGAGACGCAUGCCGCUACGCCCACGGAGAGGCGGAGCUCCGUCCCCGCCCCGACAACACGUGGGACCCCACCUCCCAACGGGCAAAGAAGCUCCUCAAGUCCGAAACUUCGGCGGCCGAGGAGGAGGACUCGCCGCCGGUGUCCGUCGACGCUACCUCGCUCGAUAAGUGCCUCAUCGGCCUCCCCAGGAAGUGGACGUCCGACAGUUUGAAGAGCUUCCUCGACGCUCAGGAUAUCCUCUAUAAAACGGCAAAAAAGAAGAAGGGUAUGUCUGUAGGUUUUGUGGGUUUUGAGAAUAUUGAACAGGUUAAAAGUGCCAUCGAGGUUUUAAAUGAAAAUUCUGCUGGUGGGAAGCAAAUAAAGGUUGCAGAUGCUGUUCGUAGAUGUCAUGAGAAGAAGCCUUCAGUUGAUAUUUCUUCUGAUCAAAGUAAAGGGCAAAAUACUGAAAGUCACCCAGGCAGUGAUGAUCCCACUCUUUUUUCAACAUCAUCGACGUUGAUUGAGGACGGUUAUGCUGUUGAAAAGGACACUUCUGUAGUGGAGGGUUUGGUUUCAAAGACAAAACAUGCUCGUGAUGUGGUCACUCCACUUGCUAAUAUGCCCUACAACGAUCAGUUGGAACACAAGAAGAGCUCACUCCUGCAAAUAUUAAAACGACUUACUCGGAAUGCACGCAAGGCUUGUCCAGAUGUUGUUCCACUUCCAGAGUGGAUUAAUACUUCGAGGGAAAUAGGUGGUCUUCCAUGCAAACUUGAAGGCAUAUUAGAGUCACCGGUAAUCAAUGGUUAUCGGAACAAAUGUGAGUUUUCUGUGGGCUGUUCGCUACAGGGCAAAAGAACUGUGGGGUUCAUGCUUGGAAAUUUCAGGGAAGGCAUCACAGCAGUCGAGGAACCUGUCAACUGUCCAAAUGUCUCUAGAAUCUCCUGUAAAUAUGCUUCAAUCUUUCAAGAUUUCCUCCAAUCUUCAGUAUUACCUGUGUGGAACCGAAUUAAUAACACUGGGUUUUGGCGUCAAUUCACGGUCCGAGAGGGAAGAAGUCCAGGUCAAGCUGCAACUGAAAAUCUAGAUAACCAAAUCACAGAAGUAAUGCUUAUUGUUCAGGUUUGCUUAUCAGGUGUUGAUGAAGAACUGAUGAAAAAUGAAUUCAGCAGGAUGACUCAGGUUCUGACACAAGGAGCAGCUUCAUGUUCACCUCCACUACCUCUCACAACAAUAGUAGUGCAGGAUCACAAAGGAAUAUCAAAUGCUGCACCAGCUGAUUGUCCAUUGCUCCCGCUUCUAUUAUCAAAUGUGGAAAAGCAAUCCUGUUCGGAAAAGCCAUAUGUCAGUGAAGCAAGAAUUCAUGACUAUAUAAGCAAUCUUCGCUUCUCCAUAUCACCAACAGCAUUUUUCCAGGUUAACACUCUUGCUGCAGAGAGGUUGUACUCCCUUGCUGGUGAUUGGGCAGAUCUAAAUUCAGAUACAUUACUUUUUGACAUUUGUUGUGGGACAGGAACAAUUGGCCUCACUUUAGCACAUCAUGUUGGCAUGGUUGUUGGCAUUGAAAUGAAUGAGUCUGCAGUUUCAGAUGCUCAGAGAAAUGCAAUGAUUAAUGGCAUAAAAAAUUGCAGGUUUGUCUGUGGAAAGGCAGAGGAUGUGAUGGGGACUCUACUUAAGCAGUAUCUUGAUGUGCCUCAGCAUCAUGGUAUAGUCUCUGGAUUCUUGGAAAGCAAUGGCACAGAUCAAGAUGAUAAUAUAACAAAUGACAACGGUGAUGGAUUAACUUUCCAGUCUGACACAAGUACAUCUGCUGAUGAUCUUCUAGCUAAUGCAAGUGCUAAGGAGAUCUCGGUAUUGCCAGAAGAGAGAACUGAUGGAAAGUUGGAAACCUUGGUGGCUCCUGAGCAGAAUUUUGAUGGAAAUACCAACCAUGAAGAAGGUUGCAUAGAUCAUGGCAAAGACAAUGGUCAUGAGUCACUGGCAAAUGAGGGCUCAAAUAAUGAUGCCAAGGGCUCUUUGGGAAUUCUGAAGAAUUGCACGGCGGUAUGCGAAGAGACAACUCAUGAAAAGCCAGAGUGCAUUGAAAUGAUUCAGAAUAACUGCAUUUCUGAACCAAAGAAAGGGGCAGCUGAGUCUUCUAUGUUUCAAUUUAAGAAUGUAGUAGCUAUCGUUGAUCCACCACGGGUUGGCCUUCAUCCAAUUGUGAUUAAAUCUUUAAGAACUCAUCCACGUAUACGACGUCUCGUCUACAUUUCUUGCAAUCCGGAAAGCCUAGUGGCUAAUGCAAUUGAGCUUUGCACCCCAACUACUGAUAAGCCGGAGAAAGGAAAAGGCAAUAGAGGUUGGAGAAAAAUGAGUAGUGCUGGUCUGGCAAGGAAUCGGGUAAAAUCCAUGCCCAACUCCGAGCCAUUCCGACCAGUCAGGGCAAUGGCAGUUGAUUUAUUUCCACACACUCCACACUGUGAGAUGGUGAUGCUUUUCGAGAGGUGAUUUUUUUCUUUCAAAAAAUAAUUUAUGAACAAUAAGCUAAUAUCUUCAGAGACUGAUCUGCAUCUAAGCUUAUAAAUUAAUGUGAGGAAAUCGCAGCUGGAAUCAGUUGCAGUUGUAGUGGUAACAAACAAUUGUAACAAUUGUUGGAUGUCUAUGAUGUUAUGCACUCUAGCCUUGAUCAACAUCCAAGAGUAUAUUUAGUUCUUGUGUUAAAAAAGAUUUCUGGAGCCUUGGUUAA